AUGCUAGGCCGCUGUGGUCGUCAGGCUUCGCGCCUCCUCCCGCGCCCUGCCUCCGCGCCCCGACCGCCUUCAUUGCAAUGGCAUCGUAUGUUAUCAUCGUCGAACAGCCAGCAAUCGCUGCUCUCUGCGCCUCUCCAGGAAGCUGACCCCUCGGUCUACAACAUUCUCCAGAAGGAGAAAAAAAGACAGCAGCACUUCAUCAACCUCAUUCCCUCAGAGAACUUCACAUCCCAAGCUGUUCUAGAUGCGCUGGGCAGUGUUAUGCAGAACAAAUACUCCGAAGGAUACCCCGGAGCUAGAUACUAUGGAGGAAACGAGCAUAUCGACGAGUCCGAGAGGCUGUGCCAGCAGCGCGCCCUUGAGACCUUCCGUCUCAGCCCGGAAGAGUGGGGGGUGAACGUUCAACCGCUCUCCGGCUCCCCCGCGAACCUAUACGCCAUCUCCGCCCUUCUCAACACGCACGACCGAUUGAUGGGAUUGGAUCUGCCGCAUGGUGGUCAUCUGUCCCACGGCUAUCAGACACCUACGAAGAAGAUCUCGUUCAUCUCUAAAUACUUCGAGACUUUCCCCUACCGCCUAGACGAGUCAACAGGUCUGAUCGACUACGAUGCCCUCGCAAAGCAGGCCCUCCUUUACCGCCCGAAACUUAUCAUCGCCGGUACAUCAGCCUACAGCCGUUUGAUUGAUUACCCCCGCAUGCGCGAGAUUGCCGACAACACGGGCGCCUACCUCUUAAGCGACAUGGCACAUAUCUCUGGUCUGGUGGCUGCCGGCGUCGUUCCCUCGCCGUUCUUACACUCUGAUGUUGUGACAACUACCACGCACAAGUCGCUCCGCGGCCCACGAGGGGCCAUGAUCUUCUUCCGCAAGGGCGUCCGCAGGACGGACAAGAAGGGCAACCCAGAGAUGUAUGAUCUCGAGGGCCCCAUCAAUGCGUCCGUCUUCCCAGGCCACCAGGGUGGCCCCCACAACCACACGAUCACCGCGCUGGCCGUGGCUCUCCAGCAGGCCCAGUCGACUGAAUUCAAGACGUACCAGGAGACGGUCCUGGCCAACGCCCAGUCUCUGGCUGAGCGCCUGGGUGGCCCGACAAGCAGCGGAGGCCUGGGCUACAACAUUGUGUCCGGUGGCACGGACAACCACUUGGUGCUGAUGGAUCUUAAGAACCGCGGUGUUGAUGGAGCUCGUGUUGAGCGCGUGCUCGAACUCUGCGGUGUUGCCAGCAACAAGAACACCGUCCCGGGAGACAAGUCCGCGCUGAAGCCUGGCGGUUUGCGACUCGGCACCCCCGCUAUGACCACCCGCGGAUUCCAGCCAGAGGACUUCCGCCGUGUUGCAGACAUUGUCGACCGCGCAGUGACAAUCACGCAGAAGCUGGACAAGCCGGCUAAGGAGGCCGCCGCAGCCAAGGGCGCAAAGAACCCCAACACUGUCAAGGCAUUCUUGGAAUAUGUAGGUAACGGUGAGGAGUUCUCGGAGAUUGUGCAGCUGCGCCAGGAAGUCGAGGAUUGGGCCGGCACGUUUAGCCUCCCAUGGAAGAAGGAGAAUAUGGUAUUGAGACGGGAGGAGACUCCUCCAGCUCCCUGGUCGCCCUCGGGCGCGUCGGCCGCCCUCCCCGUAUCGGUCGCGGAUCCGAGUCAAGAUAGUCCUUCUAUUGACCACGGAUCCAUCCCUUAUACCCCGCCUACCCCCUUAUCCAUCAAAGCUUCAUCAAUUUCCUUGUCCUACAGAACCUCUACAGAAAUAAUUAUAUAUGCAAUAUUACCCCUACCCGUCAUGAAAGUCAGCCAGAUCUACGUCUACCCCGUAAAGUCCCUACGCGGGGUCUCCCUUACCUCAGCCCAGGUGACGCGGCUGGGCUUCAAAUAUGACCGCCGCUUCAUGCUGCUGAAGGCCAUCCCUUCUGCGGAAACCAAAGGCGAAACAACGCUGAAGAACAUGCACAUUCCGCAUUUUCCUGAGAUGGCAUUGUUUGAGACGGAAUUGUUUGAACCGGGGGUUGAUGGUGAAGACGAGAGGGGGAGAUUAAGGAUCAUAUAUAAUCAUCCUAGAUCUGGAUCUGAGACUGAGGAGCAGGUAGACGGGACUGGGCAUGCACAAGGAAGGGGUCAUAGAGACACGAUUGAUGUCCCACUUACCCCUAACACAAGGGGCCUUGAUGAGCUCGCUAUCGUGAUGCACGGGUCCCCGACGAAAGGGUAUAACAUGGGCGCAAAGUACAACCAGUGGCUUAGCGAGCGGUUCGGGUACGAGGUUGUGCUGGCAUAUUUGGGUGGUAGAAAUACUAGGUCUGUGUUGGGGGCGUUCGCGCCGGCGAAGCACGUCGCGCACAAGAACCAGAUGCGGCGAGAGUUGGACCUAGGUGCGGUUUUUGCGGCGCUUCUUGUUGUUCUGGGGGUUCUUUGGAUGGGGUUUACGGCUAUGAGGAUGUCUAGGUCUGAGGUUGUGGCUGGUGGUGCUUUGGGCUAUGAUCAUUCGUGGAAAUCCGGUAUGGGUGUUGGCGCGACAGUCGCUAUGGGCGGACUAGGAUAUCUUUUGGUUAUUUGGAGGGUGGGAUCUGGGAGAGGGGACCGCAUCACGUUUGCGGAUUCCGCAGCGUUCUUGGUUAUUAACGAGACGUCCGUGGCAGAUGUCUCCCGCCGGUUGGAGAGGGUUGAGAUGGAUAGGAGGAAGUUCCGGGCGAACAUAGUUGUUGAAGGAUCAGAGACGGCGUACGAGGAGGAUUUCUGGGCCGAGUUGGUUGUUGGUAGUUCUCAGAUCCGCGUGUUGUUGACGGCCAACUGUGCGAGGUGCCAAAGCCUAAACGUGGACUUUGCUACCGGGAAAUUCGGGACCGGCGACGCUGGAAAGGUGCUUAAGAAGCUCAUGGGUGAUCGCAGGGUUGACAAGGGCGCAAAAUAUAGUCCGAUCUUUGGACGAUAUGGGUUUCUGGAUGCCAAGUCGGACCUAAAGACGGUUCGCGUCGGCGAUGAUGUUGUUGUGGCGAGGCGGAUGGAGCAGCGGGCUGUUUAUGUUAGAUUAGAAAGUGAAUACGGCUGCCUGGUGACGUUAAGUGAGACCGAGUCGCCGAAUCGUAGUGUGGCCAAUGGAGGUGGCGUGCGAGGAUAUUCCAUGCUCAUCCUCCUCCAGGAACUGAUGCAUCGCGUCUACGUCGAGGCAGAAGGAAAACCGCCGCGACGCGACCAGGUCCCCAAACCAUGCGAUUACUUCGACCUUAUCGCCGGUACCGGUACUGGCGGUCUGAUUGCCCUGAUGCUGGGCCGCUUACGACUCGACCUCGAAACCUGCAAGGAGGUCUACGUGCGCAUGACCCGGCGGGUGUUUGAAACAGACAAGACUUUUGCCGGUAUCCCAUUUCGUUCGACUUUAUUCAAAGCGUCAAAACUCGAAGAAGCCAUCCGGGAGUGUGUACGGGAACAUACAAUUUAUGGAGCAGAAGGGAAUGAUGCUACUUCGCCUACAUCGCCGGCAUACGCUCCAUUUAGCCCAAACUUCUCGACGACGUCCAUCCCGCAGCGAUCUGGAAGUCGCGCGAGCCAGAGUACGACGCACUCGUCGAUGAACAACCGCAGUUCUGCAUUCAUCAAUGGCCUGAGAUGGGGGAAUCCAGAUGCGCUGUUAUAUGAUAACCGGGAGAACCGAACAAAGACAGCUGUUACGGCGUUGUAUCGAGGCACGACCAAGGGCGGAAACUCAGUGCUCCUUCGGUCCUAUGACUCCCGCAAGGAGCCUGCACCCGAGUAUAACUGCACGGUUUGGCAGGCCGGCCGCGCAACUUCGGCUACAGGGUUAGCUUUCAAGCCUAUUCAGAUCGGACAACAUUGGUUCAUUGACGAAGGCCCCGGCACAUACAACCCCUCGCCACAAGUAUUAGACGAGGCAGUUGUCAACGAGUGGCCAGGGCGUGAGAUUGGAGUGUUUAUCAGUGUUGGCACGGGGAAGCGCCCUCCCGACACCAACAAUCGCCAGCACGAGUGGUGGGAGGACUUUUUCGGCGAUGCUCUAGGCACAUUCGCCGAGGCGCGCCGCCGGCUGAUUACGAAGAUUGAGGGCUGCGAGGAUAUUCACCAUGACAUGCUCCGUGAGCAUCUCCCCAAGCGCAACGUGAGCAAGGACAACUAUUACCGGCUGAACGUCGAGGUUGGAGUCGGCGAAUUCGGCAUGAACGAGUGGCACCGUCUCGCAGACAUCAGCACGAACACUCGUCGCUACCUCUCGCGACCGGACGUGAAGAAGAUGAUUCUCGACGCGAGCGUUAAGUUUGCCAAAAUUGAACGCAUGCACCGUCGUCUCGAAGCCCACACCGCAGCCGGACACGACCCUAACACUCUACUCGAAGAUGACCAUUCGUCGCUAGCUCCGAGCCCUCGUCUCUCAGUAACAUCGCCUACGCCCGCGCCCGCACACGCACCACCACCACCACCCCCUCCCGACGCGAUCGAACUCCCCGCGGAGCUCCCCGGCGACUUCAUCCAACUCCAGCCCAACGACGACAAGCUCCCCAUACACCCAACACCGCAAGACGCAAUCCGCCCAUCCUCUGGGCGCGCCUCAGUAAGCGACAUCAUCAGCUCAAACGAACCCAGCCGUCCAACAUCGCAAGCCUACUCGCCUCCACGCCUCAGCUUCGACCACGUGCACUCACACUCACAUUCACACUCGCACUCAGGGCCACCGCCCAUCCCUCCCAAAACACCAAUACCCUACCCAGACACUGCAGAGCUAGGAGGAAUUCAAAUGCCAGUGCCGAGUCCAGGACUACACCCAGCUCUUGCGCCCGCAGCCGCGACCGGGCGACCGCCGUACCCAGUCGACGAGCCGCCACCAGUCGUGAAUAAGCUGCGGAAGCCGAGCUACCAAGUGCGUGACUAUUCUGCAUAA